GCUGAACUUAUGCGGUACUUCGGCUACAAUGUCGAAGUUCACAAUGUUACCACGUCUGACGGCUACAUCUUGGAAGUGGACAGAAUGCAUUCUAACUCGACGGGUAACGCCACUAGAUCCCGUGCACCGCUGCUGCUUGUUCAUGGACUGCUCACAAACGCCGCCACAUGGACAGCGAACCUACCCUCCCAAAGUCCAGGAUUCCUCUUAGCAGAUGCUGGAUUUGAUGUAUGGCUCGUAAACACCAGGGGUGUGCCACAGUCUAAUCGCCAUGUAAAUCUAACCACGAACGACAAACGGUUCUGGAACUGGAGGCAAGUGAACAUUCUCGUCGGCUAUGCUCCAGUGGCAAACAUCACGCACUUCACAUCUCCGAUGAGGUGGCUCGUUCCUUUCUCCAAGCUAGUCAAGGCGGUGAACGACUUCUUCACGCAAGGUGGAUUCUUGGUCUCGAAUGCAGUGCGACAAAAGAAGGUUGCCUGGAUGUGCGGUCACCGUUUUUUCCGCAACCUCUGCUACAAGCCACUGGCCUUCCUGUAUGGAAAGAAUCCGAAACAGUACAACAGCACGAAGGUGCCCGUCUACGUGACCAACUUACCUGUAGGCUCCUCCAGCAAAAACGUGCUUCACUAUGCCCAG